CCUCUUGGGUUCAGACUCUGACUUGGGCGGGACUCUAUUCCCAGGCUUCCUGUGGGUUAAACGAGAGUGCCUCCAGCAGCAUCAAAAUACAGUCAGACUGACGAUGGGACUGGACCAACUUCUCAGCUUGCUGAGGGCUGUGACCUGUGGGCUCUUAAUUCUACAUCCAAGCCAAGCCCAGGACUCUGCCAACCCUAUCCGGAGUACAAACAUAGGGCAGGUGCGGGGAAGCCUCAUCCACGUGAAGGGCACUGAUGCUGGGGUCCACACCUUCCUGGGAAUUCCCUUUGCCAAGCCACCUUUAGGACCACUGCGGUUUGCACCCCCUGAGGCCCCUGAGCCCUGGAGUGGAGUGAGAGAUGGAGCCUCCUACCCUCCUAUGUGUCCUCAAGCUGCUGAUAUAAUGAAGAUGUUUAAUAUGACCUCUCCUUCUAUACCUGUAUCUGAGGACUGCCUGUACCUCAACAUCUAUACACCUGCCCAUGUCCAUGCUGGAUCUCACCUGCCUGUGAUGGUAUGGAUCCAUGGAGGGGCGCUAGUUUUAGGCUCGGCUUCCAUGUAUGAUGGAUCCAAACUGGCAGCUUCUGAGAACGUGGUGGUGGUCACUAUCCAGUACCGCCUGAGUGUCCUGGGAUUCUUCAGCACUGGAGACCAGCAUGCCACUGGUAACUGGGGCUUGUUGGACCAAGUGGCCGCCCUACGAUGGGUGCAACAGAAUAUCAUUCACUUCGGAGGCAACCCUGACCGGGUCACCAUUUUUGGAGAGUCUGCAGGUGGCAUAAGCGUGUCAUUGCUUGUCUUAUCCCCCAUGUCUCGCGGACUCUUCCACGGUGCCAUCAUGGAGAGUGGGGUGGCUCUGCUGCCUGAUAUAGUCGCUAGUUCAUCUGAGAGUAUCUACACAAUGGUGGGCACCCUGUCUGGCUGUGGACAGAUUGACUCAGAAGCCAUGGUGAGAUGCCUACGUGGCAAGAGUGAAGAGGAGAUUGUGGCUAUUACAAAGUCCUUCAAGAUCAUCCCUGCUGUAGUGGAUGGGGCCUUCCUGCCCAGGCACCCCCAGGAGCUGCUGGCCUCUGCUGACUUUCAUCCUGUCCCCAGCAUCAUUGGUGUCAACAGUGAUGAGUAUAGCUGGGGCUUGCCCAUGUAUUUUGGCUCUGCUGACACACAGAAGGAAAUGAACAGAGAGACUCUGCGGACUGUUUUGCAGAGCGAGUCAGUACCAGUGAAGUUGCCUGCUGAGUUUGUUGACCUGUUGAUGGAGGAGUACAUGGGACACAUUGAGGACCCUCAGGCCCUCAGAAUCCAGUUCCACGAGAUGAUGGGGGAUUGUAUGUUCGUGAUUCCUGCACUCCAAGUAGCACGUUUUCACCGUUCCCAUGGCACUGUCUACUUCUAUGAAUUCCAGCAUCCUCUCAACUUCUUCAAAAAUAUCAGACCACCCUACAUGAAAGCUGACCAUGGCGAUGAAAUUUCCUUUGUCUUUGGACUCUUCUUGUGGGGCAACCCUGUUCACUUCACUGAGGAGGAGGAGCUACUAAACAGAAGGAUGAUGAAAUAUUGGGCCAACUUUGCACGAAAUGGGAAUCCCAAUGGCCAAGACCUGCCCCACUGGCCUGUAUUGGACCAUGAGGAGCUGUACCUGCAGCUGAACAUCGAGCCUACUGUGGGCCGUGCCCUGAAGGCCACCAGGCUGAAGUUCUGGACUGAGACUCUGCCUCAGAAGAUCCAGGAGCUAAAGAGAGCUGAGGAGAAGCAUGCAGAGCUGUAGUUCUCUGUGAGGAGGAGGGAGGUGGGUGUGAGUGCAGGUGGGAUCUGCCUGUGGUGACCACACCCACAGCGCCAUUUAUCCACUCUUCAUCUAUUCAUUGGGCCCUCAGUAAUGAAGAAUCCAUUCCAUAACGUUCAUUGCUAAGCUUGCUUUGUGUCCCCUCCUGUUAGACACUCACUACAUCCCCCAGUGUCCUGGCAUGUAUCCAGAUAUCUCUCCGAAGUCUCCUGUGGUCAUAGGUGGGGCUUUCCAGAGGUGACUGGAUGUAAGGUGUGUGAAUGCAUCCAGAGGCAGUGUCUCUGUUCAGAUGCUGGGACUGAUUCAUGGUGUAAGGAGUAAGGGUGUCCCACCCUGUGUGUGACUGCUACUAAGCUCAGGGUGGAUAAGUAAUAAGGGACAGAAAAAGGCUUUUUGCUGAAACAUCAUUUACUGCUUCUGUGCUUGCUGCUUUUUUUUCCUUUUGCCUGCAUGAACUGUUUCUCCUCUGUGAUACCCUUCUGCCAUUCCUUGCACCCAGCCAUCUGUGGACUGAAACCUCUACAAACUGUGAGCCCAAAUAUCCUUUACUCCUUUAACUUUGAGUGUCGGGUAUUUUGUGUGAGUAAUAAUAAAAGUAACUAAGACACCCAGGGAGCUGUGGAUGUGAAGAUUCCAUUGGGCACCCAUUUUUUGCAAUACCACACUGGAUCUGGACGCCUUUCCUUUUCCAUACUAUAUCUUCAUGCCUUCACUCUUUGUCCUCCUAGCUCCUACUCUUGCCUGAAAUGAAAAUGGUGCCUUGGAGGAUGUUACCCACAAGUAGGUGUCAGAAUUCUUUUCACCUCUCAAUGAUUCCAUCUAUGAUCAUAUCAGUACAGGCCAACAGAAACCAGAUUACAUGAACCUUGGCUCUUUGUGUGUUCAGGCUGCUAUAAAACAAUAUAGUAAGGGCUUGUUCUUCAGCUCAUAGAUGACAUCGUCUCAUUGUUGCCACAUUUGGUAGAAUGGACAAACAGUAGCCCUCAUGACCUUUUCACAUCUUAUGGGUUCCACCUCUUGAUUAUCAAAUCACAGAUAAGGUUUGAACUUACGAAAGGUACAAGGUUGAAAGAGCAUAUCUCCUAGAGCUCCCCAGUGGCAGCCACCAAGCCAACUACUGAAAUUGUCUCUACCUAUUGUCCAUCUGUAUUCAAUGUCAUCUAUCACUAACUUCUCAAAUAACUCACUCACUCAUCUGUUUCUAUCCAGAGAGGUCACAGGCUCUAUUUUUGUGAGAGUUAGGACUGGUCACAUCCACUUGCCCUUGGAGCUUGGGUCAGUUGCAGGUGGCUUAGGAGAGCCAUGUGGCUCCUCAGUGGCCUGUCUCCUGAUGUCUACGCUCAUUUUCAUGGUGUCUGCAGGCAGUGUUAAGUGCACACUUACAUGGUGAUUGUGGACCUGCAAAAAGGUUGCUCUUUUAGAAGUGGUAUUGGAA